AUGCCAGGUCGUAGGAAAGGCCGAGACGACAGCGACAUGGGUUCGGAAAAAGACGAGACAGGGUCUUUUGAGACCUUACGAGAUGAAGCAAUGUAUUUCGUGCACGUUCAGCUGUACCAGAAGGCAGUUGAGAGUUUUACACGGGCAUCAGAGAUGAAUCCUGAAGAUAAUGUGGUGCUGGUCACUCGUGCUAAAUGUUACCUACAGCUAGGCAUGGCAGAAAAUGCCCUGGCUGAUGCAGAACAGGCACUAAGUCAUGACAAGGACUACAUCAGGGGUUUGCUGAUGAAAGCCGAAGCCUUGUACCAGUUAGGACACUUUGAGACAGCAUUGGUCUUCUUUCAUCGAGGUCACAAAUUGCGUCAGGAACUUGGAGAGUUUCGACUUGGCAUACAGAAAGCACAAGAAGCAAUUAACAACAGCAUAGGAAGUCCUUCUUCAGUGAAACUUGACACAACAGGAGACUUGUCCUUCUUUGAAAAACAAGAAAAUCCUGUAAUUGAGCCAGAACCACCGUCAGAAGAUGAAACUGAUAAGACGAAGAAGGCCCCAGCAAAAAGCUACGGUAAACCUGGUGCACAGAAGGCUACACAGAAGGAGAGGGAACGCCCGAAGAGUGCGGCUGACUCCAAGACCAUUAAACAACUCCUUGAGGAACUGUACUGUGAUAAAACUUACCUGGAGAAACUACUUAACGAUGAAAACUUGACAGGUGGAAGGUCAUACAUGGAGCGUGAAAUCAAGGAACAUAUAUAUGAAGGCCUGGACUAUCUCAACAGUCGUGCUGACUUUUGGCGCCAACAGAAACCCAUGUAUGCUCGCAAACGAGACAAAGAAAGAAUGCGUCGCAGUGGAAGGUCUCGUCCACAAGAUCGAGUCGGAUACAUCAUGCAAAGCCUAGAGGAAAUAGAUGAAGCUCAAUCUGAAGGUCGAUAUGAAACUAGUCUAAGCACAGCCAAGAAAUUGAUGAAAACAGUGAAUAGCAUGGACGAGCAAGAGCUUUCUAAUAAAUGGGAGAUUGUUGCAAACAUCCACAGCCAAAUGGGAAAUGCUUACCUGGAAAUGGGCAAAUAUUCACCUGCAAUUGAACACCAUCAAGAGGACUUGAAAUUGGCAGAGAAAUGUGGACUGGAGGAUGCUAAAUCCAGAGCCCUUGACAACAUAGGGCGAGUUUACGCCAGGAAAGGACAGUAUGAAAAAGCCAUCAAAGUAUGGGAGGAAAAAUUGCCACUCAGUAAAUCUCCACUGGAGAAAACAUGGUUAUUCCAUGAAAUCGGAAGAUGUUACCUGGAGAGUGAAAAUUAUGAAAAGGCUCGUGAUUAUGGAGAGAAGUCACUAUCAGCUGCACAGGAGGCUGAUGAUGAUGGCUGGCAGCUCCAUGCUACCGUCUUAGUGGCACAGUCAGAGGUGAAAUCAAUGGACUACCAGUCUGCUCACACCUCAUUUGAGGAAGCUUUAGAACUCGCCAAGAGAUUAGAAGACGACGCUGCUUUAACUGCAGUACAGAAAGCAUUAGAGGAGGUCAAAGAUAAAAUCGCCAAGGGUUACAGAGCUGGGGAAGAUGAGGAUGAGGGUGAUGAAGUUGAUGCCAAAAAGGUUGAUUACAGACCUGGAGAGGAUGCUGACGACAGAAAAUCUGCACAGAGCCGAGAUUCAAAGAAAGUCAAGGGUGCUGAAGAUGAAGACAAUGAAGGAAGAAAAUCACGAGCUUCUAGCAAAGCAGAUUAUGAAGAUGAUUUUGAGGAAGACAAAGCGGUUGUCAGUCCAAUAGAUGGAGUCAAGAAGAACAACACACCAACAAAACAAGUCAUCGGAGAUAAGGAGCCAGGACAUCACCGCUCUAAGGAAUCUUCAGUAAUAUGCGAUCCCGACGACUGCAAAGAAGAUGGCUGUAACGAAAACGAAUUGCAAGUUGUCGGAAUAGACAGUAAAUCUGUGAACGAUACUGCCAAGACAAAUGUUACAGACGAUGAGAUUGCGCUCACCGAGUCUCCCAUAUCACCUCCCGGUAAACAUAUAGAUGCAGAUACGUGUUUUGGUGAUGGUGGUAAAGUUGAUGAAAAUCGGGAAAAACAGCAAAUGUCAUCCGUAAACUCGGAUGAAAUGGAAGACAAAGAAGAUCCUGGUGCCAAAAGCCAAGAAAAUCAGAAGUCUUUGACCGAGACUGACAUAUCCGAGGGAACUACAACAGAAAAAAUACCGAAUGAUGAUGUCAACGUUAAAGGUAAUAGCGACAAAGCUACGCAUUCAGAGAAUCACAGCACACGUGAUUUACAUUCCGGCGAUCAGAUACAGGAAAUUGUACAUGCGGAUAAAGAAUCAAAAGAUGAUGAUAAUGAUGAUGGUGAUGUUAAAAAAACAAGUCAACCAGAAGUGCCUAACUCUAUAACUGCUAAUGCGAAAGUAGAUGAAUCCGGCAAUAAUGAGAAUGGAAAACAGAAUCAGGAUAAUCCGGAAUUCCAGCCAAAUAGAAACCAUCCGGAAGAAUUGCAGUUCAAAUAUAUCAAUGAUACAACAGGAAGUCGCCCUGGUUCGAAAGAUUCUCGGGCAUCUCCCUCUAAAUCGGGGAAAAGCCAACACAAACAUGUAGUUGUAGAGGAUCCUGUGUUAAAGAAUGAUACAGAUUCGCCAAAUGCUUCCAAAGUAAAAGACAAGAAAACUCCAAAGGGGAUGACCAGCCAACAAGAUACCAGAAAGAUACAAACUAGAUCGAAAAGUUCGGAACUAUCAAGAAAUGUGAAGCCGCGAGAAAAAGUAAUCAAACAAAAAUCUAUGGAAGAAACACUAAGGAUAAGAAAAGCAAGCAAUCAGAAGAAUGCGACGGAAGCAAUGAAGGAGAGCAAACAGCCCGAGAGAACGAUUGACAAUCAGGCACAGCCUGCGAGUGAAACACAUGCUGGAAAAUCAAAGGAAAACGAAAGGCGGAACUCAGAUGCUGAGGUUGAUGAAAGAAGACAUAGUCCGGGCAAGAAAACCAAAACAGUUGCAAUAUCUGACAUUACCAGAGAUGCAGAAGGAAAAGUGCAGGAACCUUUUAGAAACUGGAUACCACAGAAACAAAAAAGUGCCGAUAAUGUGAAGAAACGACGCAGCAGUUCAAAAGAACCACGAAGGAAAUCUGAUAUAUCCCCGUAUGGCGUCCCAGCUGUAACAACCCUGCUUAAUAGAAAGGCCACUGUGCAAUCUCCAGUACUCAAUACACAAAGAUCACAAACAUCUGUUACAAAAUCUAAAAGGAAAAGUAAUGAUUCUGUCCGAUCUGACUCUUCACCAGGGAAGAUCAGCACUAGGAGAUCAACGCCAGACAAAUCCAGAGACACAUUACAGGGUUAUACAUCACCAAAUCCUAUUGAUAAAGCAAGGGAAAAGAAAAUACAAGAAGAACUGGCGGUAUCUAAAACAUCAUUUGUUAAGAUUCAGGAGAAAUCUUUAGCAACAGAGCCAACUGGAUCCGCAUACAACAUUGUAGAACCUGAUGUGUCUCCGCCAGGUCGGGAUGGUGUUAAAGAGGAGAUAAUCGAUAAAGCUCCAACCUCACCGACCCGUCGUUCAGAGGGUUCGGGUAGACGUUCAGUUCAGACAGCAUCACCGCAAAAGCGCUCACCUAUUCAUUCGCCAACAAAACGAUCUCUCGCCGGCUCACCGACAAAGCGUUCUGCCCAGCCAUCCCCUUCUAAAAUGUCGCAAUCUUCUCGGCGACAAACGUACUCACCAACAAAACAAUCGCGGGAAGUCUCGUUCAAAGAGGGGUCGGCUAAGGGCUCGGCAAAGGGGUCUAUGAAAGGGUCAGCCAAGGGAUCGGCAGGUGGCAGGUCAGCGCCAGGUAGUGCCCAGCAGAGAGCAUCACCUGCCGCAGGUUCUGUUGUUGAAUCGGCGAGAGGAUCGGCAAAAGGAUCCGUAGGAGGAAUCUCGGAAACGAAAGGAGGUUGUUAG